AUGACUGGGCCCGGCGAAGAAGGGCAAUGGUCUUCAGGUCUCUGCGAUUGCUUCAGUGACUGCAGACUCUGCAUUGUCACGACAAUUCCAGUCGUCAAUGGAUUGUCACAAGGGCAAGCAUAUACAGUCGUUGAUGGCCAUGAAGGCAUCAUCCAAGAGCCUCUCUGUGGCAUAGUCGUUCCUCUUGUUGGAGAGUUCCUCUGCACGCCCCUCUUGUGCAUACAGCUUGCGAUGCUCCGCAACAAGUUCCAUCAGCCUCCACACAACAUUCAGAACUCAACAUUCUGCCCUGAAAUCGUGGAGGAUGUUGUUUGCUCGGUCCUGUGCUGGUGGUGCACCCUGCAGCAGAUACAGCGACACAUGCAGUCUGUCAACGCAGGAUACAAGGGACCUGUGUACCUUUUUGCACCUGACACCACAAAUACGAUGAAUGAUGCAAAGGACAGUUAA